AUGGGGCAAUGCAAAUCUUGGGGGGUCUAUGCCCUUAAGUGCUACAUCAACGCCUGCUCGCCCAAGCCGUGCCAAGCCCAGGCCACCUGCACAGAUAACCCCGCCCCUUCACUGGACGCAACCUGUACCUGUAACACAGGAUAUACAGGAGAUGGUCGCGCUGACGGAACUGGAUGUUCAGACACCAAUGUCUGCUCGAACUCGUCCAACCCCUGCCACGCCCAGGCCACAUGUACAGAUCACCCCGCCCCUUCACUGGACGCCAACUGUACCUGUAACACAGGAUAUACAGGAGACGGUCGCACUAACGGAACUGGAUGUUCAGACAUCAACGUCUGCUCGAACUCGUCCAACCCCUGCCACGCCCAGGCCACCUGUACAGAUCACCCCGCCCCUUCACUGGACGCAACUUGUACCUGUAACACAGGAUAUACAGGAGACGGUCGCGCUAACGGAACUGGAUGUUCAGACAUCAACACCUGCUCGAACUCGUCCAACCCCUGCCACGCCCAGGCCACCUGUACAGAUCACCCCGCCCCUUCACUGGACGCCAACUGUACCUGUAAAGUCGGAUACACAGGAGAUGGCCGAACUAACGGAACUGGAUGUUUAGACAUCAACGCCUGCUCGAACUCGUCCAACCCCUGCCACGCCCAGGCCACCUGUACAGAUCACCCCGCCCCUUCACUGGACGCCAACUGUACCUGUAACACAGGAUAUAUAGGAGACGGUCGGACUAACAGAACUGGAUGUUCAGACUUCAACGCAUGCUCGAACUCGUCCAACCCCUGCCACGCCCAGGCCACCUGUACAGAUCACCCCGCCCCUUCCCUGGACGCCAACUGUACCUGUAAAGUCGGAUAUACAGGAGACGGUCGGACUAACGGAACUGGAUGUUCAGACAUCAACGCCUGUUCUCCCAACCCGUGCCAUGUGAACGCCACCUGCACAGACAACCCCGCCCCAGCCCUGGACGCCAGCUGUGCUUGUAACGCUAAUUAUACCGGGGACGGUGUGGUCAAUGGAACUGGAUGUUCACUGCAGGCCGGAGCUGCAAACUUUGCAUUUUUUCCGCCACUUGCUUAUACUUUGAUGGUCGUUUUGUCAGUCUGUGGUUUCGCUCUAGCUGGAAGCGUGGUACAUUUCAAAAGGUCUCACAGUUAUGACACAACUUAAUACGGCGACACCUGACAUUCUAUAGAAUCUGUUUUCAAUUGCCAAUCCUUAGUUUAAAACUGAAAACAUGGCAUUAAAGAAAACACGUGUUGUUGAAGACCUUUAGUCAAGAAAUAUAGACCAGGACCGGUAAUGGACAUGAGUAAGGUUUACGAUUAUUUGAUUUGUUUUCUUACUUUUCUAUCUGUUUUCAUUUAAAACAGUCCCAGUUUUUUUUUCAUUCUGUUUUAUAUUAUACCAAUGUUGAAACGAACUGUGUUACCUAAAUUACAAGUUGUUACAUUUCUUUUUCUUGUGUGUGUGUUUUGAGCACCACUGAAAACUAAUUUAGUAGCAUUGAAUUGGCCACCCAGUAAAAAAAAUCGUUAAUCUAAAGUUAUAUGCAGAGAUUUCAACUUUUCUGAUAUUCUAUCCGAGUUAUUAAUCUGAGGUUGACAAGAAGAUAAGAUGUUGGUGUAUAUCAAUUCAUGAUUCUAUAGAAUAUUACAAUAUGUAAUAUGAAAAAUUACUAAGUCAUUCCAUGUUAGAUCAUACUUAUACAAUAUGUAUUUUUUUCUUACUAGUAAAUUACUGCUAUGCUUGUCUGCGUGUUAUGCUACGGUCACAGUUCGUAAAAGGGGACCCGGCGGGUAGUUUACGGACUGUUUUGCCGGGCGUGACCCGUACAUGGGCCCGUGGGUCACCCUGCGGCUACAUUGGGGCACGGCCGGGCCCCGUAUUUCUUUUAACUCGGCAUUAACAUCAGCCUGGGACCCGGCUACCG